UAUAUCAAAAGGUAUAUUUAUUUAUAGAAAACUUGAUACAACAAAACCUAAUAAAAUUAGGCAGAUUUAUCGGGUCGGAUCUUUGAACAUGGAUUAAAUUCUCUUAAAUACCACAACAACAAAACAAUACGUACAUACGAAAACCCACGAAAAGAGGACGCAAGACAAGACUUUCUUCAAAGUUGGAUUGCGUCAAAAUAAUCAAAAAACGAACCAACAGAUGCGAAAAGGCGGCCCGGCCCGAUAACCCGAGUAAACCGGGUUUGGAGUUUUGUAACACUACAUAAAAAUUGCUCAGCAACCUCACACACAACAACAAACUCCCACGUUUGACAGAGAAUAGAGGACGAAGGAGCCUUCACUCUCCUCUCUCUCUCUUCACCUUCCUUCGCGCCGGCGAAGAUUAUUAUUCUCUGUUUUUUAAGAGAAAAGUAAACGGAGAGAGAGAUUUUUUGAAAGUAAUGUCUAAUCUACUAAAGGAUUUCGAGGUCGCAUCUAAGAAUCCGUCGCUGGAAGCUCGUCAACGAUGGCGAUCCUCCGUGGGACUCGUAAAAAAUCGGGCUCGUCGUUUCCGUAUGAUCAGUAAUCUCGACAAACUCGCUGAGAAUGAGAAGAAGAGAUGCCAGAUCCAGGAAAAGAUAAGGGUUGUCUUCUAUGUUCAAAAGGCAGCUUUUCAGUUUAUUGAUGCUGGUGCCCGCCCUGAAUAUAAACUCACUGAUGAGGUCAAAAAAGCAGGAUUUUAUGUCGAAGCAGAUGAGCUUGCUUCUAUGGUUCGCAAUCAUGACACAAAGAGCCUUACAAAAAUCGGAGGACCUGAAGGAAUCGCUCAGAAAGUAUCUGUAUCUCUCGCUGAAGGUGUACGUUCGAGUGAACUACACAUCAGAGAAAAAAUCUAUGGAGAAAACCGUUAUACUGAGAAACCAGCCAGAUCAUUUUUAACGUUUGUUUGGGAAGCGCUUCAAGACAUUACCCUUAUCAUCCUUAUGGUCUGCGCUGUAGUAUCAAUAGGAGUGGGAGUUGCAACAGAAGGUUUUCCAAAGGGCAUGUAUGAUGGGACGGGGAUCUUGCUUAGUAUAAUCUUGGUGGUCAUGGUUACUGCUAUCAGUGACUACAAGCAAUCUUUGCAGUUCAGAGAUUUGGAUCGAGAGAAAAAGAAGAUUAUUAUUCAAGUCACCAGGGAUGGCAGCAGACAAGAGGUCUCCAUCCAUGACUUGGUUGUUGGAGAUGUGGUCCAUUUAUCUAUUGGGGAUCAAGUUCCAGCUGAUGGGAUUUUUAUAUCCGGAUACAAUCUGGAGAUAGACGAGUCAAGCUUAUCGGGCGAGAGUGAACCAUCACAUGUGAAUAAAGAGAAGCCGUUUCUGCUUUCAGGAACCAAAGUCCAAAACGGCUCUGCAAAAAUGCUGGUGACAACCGUUGGUAUGAGGACUGAGUGGGGAAAGUUGAUGGAUACUCUGAGUGAGGGUGGAGAGGAUGAGACCCCUCUGCAGGUGAAACUAAAUGGUGUUGCAACAAUCAUAGGUAAGAUUGGUUUAGGCUUUGCAGUGCUUACGUUUGUGGUGUUGUGCAUAAGGUUCGUUGUGGAGAAAGCCACGGCUGGUAGCAUCACUGAGUGGUCUUCUGAAGAUGCACUAACAUUGCUUGACUACUUUGCAAUUGCUGUUACCAUUAUAGUCGUUGCUGUACCUGAAGGGUUACCUUUGGCUGUGACCUUAAGUCUAGCAUUUGCUAUGAAGCAAUUAAUGAGUGAUAGGGCACUUGUAAGGCAUCUGGCUGCAUGUGAGACGAUGGGUUCUUCUACCUGCAUCUGCACGGAUAAAACAGGGACCUUAACCACUAACCACAUGGUAGUCAACAAAGUUUGGAUAUGUGAAAAUAUCAAAGAGAGGCAAGAGGAAAACUUCCAGUUGAACCUAUCCGAACAAGUUAAGAAUAUCCUUAUACAGGCCAUAUUUCAGAACACUGGUUCUGAAGUUGUUAAGGAUAAGGAAGGAAAAACUCAGAUCCUGGGUUCACCUACAGAAAGGGCGAUACUGGAAUUUGGUUUGCUUUUGGGUGGUGACGUUGACACGCAACGCCGAGAACAUAAGAUACUCAAGAUCGAGCCAUUCAACUCAGACAAGAAGAAAAUGUCUGUUCUUACAUCUCAUUCAGGUGGUAAAGUACGUGCUUUCUGCAAAGGUGCAUCUGAAAUAGUCUUGAAAAUGUGUGAGAAGGUUGUGGAUUCAAACGGAGAAUCUGUUCCUUUAUCUGAAGAAAAGAUUGCAAGUAUCUCUGAUGUCAUAGAGGGAUUUGCUUCAGAGGCUCUUAGGACUCUCUGCUUAGUUUACACGGAUCUUGAUGAAGCUCCCAGAGGGGAUCUUCCUAAUGGUGGCUACACAUUGGUAGCAGUUGUUGGAAUCAAGGACCCGGUUCGGCCUGGUGUUAGGGAAGCCGUUCAGACUUGUCAAGCUGCUGGAAUCACUGUUCGUAUGGUCACUGGUGAUAACAUUAGCACUGCCAAAGCGAUUGCAAAGGAAUGUGGUAUACUUACAGCAGGAGGUGUAGCUAUAGAAGGUUCAGACUUCCGUAAUUUGCCUCCACAUGAAAUGAGGGCCAUUCUACCGAAAAUCCAGGUGAUGGCUCGGUCUUUGCCAUUGGACAAACAUACAUUAGUCAACAACUUGAGGAAAAUGGGAGAGGUAGUUGCAGUGACUGGGGAUGGAACAAAUGAUGCUCCUGCAUUGCAUGAGGCUGACAUUGGACUUGCCAUGGGAAUAGCUGGAACAGAGGUUGCGAAAGAGAAUGCUGAUGUUAUCAUAAUGGACGACAACUUUGCAACAAUAGUGAAUGUGGCAAAAUGGGGACGUGCUGUGUAUAUCAACAUCCAGAAGUUUGUUCAGUUCCAGCUAACUGUUAAUGUUGUUGCUCUGAUCAUCAACUUUGUCUCUGCUUGCAUCACUGGAUCUGCGCCACUCACCGCAGUGCAACUGCUUUGGGUGAACAUGAUCAUGGACACACUUGGUGCAUUGGCUCUAGCGACCGAACCUCCCAACGAAGGUUUAAUGAAACGCCAACCAAUCGGUAGAACAGCAAGCUUCAUCACCAGAGCUAUGUGGAGAAACAUCAUUGGUCAAAGCAUUUAUCAGUUAAUCGUUCUCGGCAUCCUCAACUUUGCUGGCAAACAAAUACUCAACCUUAAUGGCCCAGAUUCAACAAUUGUUCUCAACACAAUUAUCUUCAACUCUUUCGUCUUUUGCCAGGUGUUUAAUGAAGUAAACAGCAGAGAGAUAGAGAAGAUAAAUGUGUUCGAAGGAAUGUUCAAGAGUUGGGUGUUUGUUGCUGUAAUGACUGCAACAGUUGGAUUCCAAGUGAUCAUUGUUGAGUUCCUUGGAGCAUUUGCAAGCACUGUUCCUUUGAGCUGGCAACAUUGGCUACUCUGCAUUUUGAUUGGUUCCGUAAGCAUGAUUCUAGCCGUUGGUCUUAAAUGCAUACCGGUUGAGUCUAACCGUCAUCACGAUGGCUAUGAGCUGCUUCCUUCUGGUCCAUCUGACUCUGCCUAACCCACCAUCUAGUAACGCAACGUCCAUUUUAUAUUUGAUUUUUUUUCCUUCCUUCUUCAACUCCGGGCUAAUGAUCUGAUCUCAAAUUGUAUAAAAUCGUUGCUGGAUUUUUUCUAUUUUGGGUGUGGGUUUGAUAUAUUUUGUCAACUGAGUUUCCACUUGACCCAAUCUUUUGGUUUAUGAAGAAUUUUAAAAUCGUAUUUUGGACUUGGUUACAAACUUCUCAUGGUAACAUUCAGUAAAGCUUCAGAAACAUCAGUCGUAAACAAGAGCAAUACAGAAAGGCAUUGAUCAAACUGUCCGUUGUGUUGCACAUAAUCAUUUGCUUAUGAGACUUUUGGUUUCAAAAUCGAAAGGGGAAAAAAGGCAAAUGCUCCCUGUAGCUGAAAAGAGGUUCUUAUGAGUUUGGUCACAAAAGAAUAUGCAGAGAGAUUGAAGGAUGAAACCAUUGCUGCUAAAGAACCUCUUUACCAUGAAGCUGAAAUUAGACCUUGCUUCUCGAGCCAUCAUUGCGUAUGGCUACAAAGCAACGCCUUGUUAAAUGUAACAAGUGCAAAACUCAAUAAAGAAGAAGCAGCAGAAAUCUAGGCCUGAUGAUGGCAGGCAGAUUCUGAGCUACUCAAAGAUACCAGCAAAGUGAC